AUGGACGCGGUGCUGCUGGAGCACUUCCCCGGGGGCCUGGACGCCUUCCCGUCGCCUUACUUUGACGAGGAGGACUUCUUCACCGACCAGUCCUCCCGGGACCCCCUGGAGGACGGCGAUGAGCUGCUGGCCGACGAGCAGGCCGAGGUGGAGUUCCUCAGCCACCAGCUGCACGAGUACUGCUGCCGCGACGGGGCGUGCCUGCUGCUGCCGCCCGCGCCCCCGGCCGCCCCGCACGCGCUCGCCCCGCCGCCCCCGGGGGGCCCCGGCGAGCCGGAGGGCGGCAGCUACUGCCGCGACGCAGGGGCGCGCCCCGGCGGCUUCCCCUACUCGCCCGGCUCGCCGCCCUCGUGCCUGGCCUACCCGUGCGCGGGGGCGGCGGUGCUGUCCCCCGGAGCCAGGCUGCGCGGUCUGAGCGGCGCGGCGGCGGCGGCGGCGGCGGCGGCGGCGCGGCGGCGGCGGCGGGUGCGCUCCGAGGCGGAGCUGCAGCAGCUGCGGCAGGCGGCCAACGUGCGCGAGCGGCGGCGCAUGCAGUCCAUCAACGACGCCUUCGAGGGACUGCGCUCGCACAUCCCCACGCUGCCCUACGAGAAGCGCCUCUCCAAGGUGGACACGCUGCGCCUGGCCAUCGGCUACAUCAACUUCCUCAGCGAGCUGGUGCAGGCCGACCUGCCGCUGCGCGGGGGCGGCGCGGCCGGCGGCGGGGGGCCGGGCGGCGGCGGGCGCCUGGGCGGGGACAGCCCCGGAGGCCAGGCCCAGAAGGUCAUCAUCUGCCAUCGGGGCACCCGGUCCCCCUCCCCCAGCGACCCGGAUUACGGCCUCCCUCCCCUUGCAGGACAUUCCCUCUCAUGGACUGACGAAAAGCAACUCAAAGAGCAAAAUACUAUCCGAACAGCCAAAGUGUGGACCCCAGAGGACCCCAGAAAACUCAACAGCAAAUCUUCCUUCAACAACAUAGAAAACGAACCGCCCUUUGAGUUUGUGUCCUGA